UAGAAAAUGGACUCACAAUUUUCUCAAAAAAAAAAAAAAAAAAAAAAAGAAUUAUUUUCUCAAAGGAAGAUGCCGUGACAUAAAAGAGCAAACGAAUAUAUCACAGGUUGCCUUUACCAAAUUGAUUCUGCCGUCACUUCUGUGAAUCAUUUACCUUCGUGAGAAGCUAUCCAUAAACGACCGGUGUUGGACUCGCAGUGUCUAUUGUGGGAUUCCCGUACCUUUUGCCAAUCUGCAGCUUCCAAUUUCUACCGGAAUUCAAAGAAAAAAGAGUGAUGGCGAGAAAGGAUGGCAUUGAUAUGUCAGAUCUGAAGUCUGAAUUGACUGAAACAUAUGCUAACAUGCACCAAGAGAUGGAAAAAAACCAAUGCCAAGUUGAGACUUUGCAGGCAAAACUUGCAGAGGUAAAAGAUUCACAAGAAGAUGAAAAGAAAGAAUUAGACGUUCUGUGGCAAAGAAUCAGAACUGCCACAACAUUGAUGACAAACUUGAAAGUUAAAGCCGCAGUGUUAGCUGUUCCCCGUCUGGCCAGCAUAAUACGCGGUAUCAAACAACAAGAUGGAAAUGGACUUGGUGAGCUGUCACAACCCUCAGAUCAUGAAGCACGGAUCAAUCUCCCAAGUGAACAAUAUCCUGUUCACGAUAAAGAUGAAGAAGUCUAUAUGAAUGAGCUACUAUCUUGUGUCCAAACAGUCACAGACAUAGUGGAAACUCUUGUCAAGAGGUUAAUAUUGGCAGAGUCAGAAACUGCUCUCGAGAAGAGGAAGGUGACAGUUGGUGAGGAAGAGAUUAAGAAAAAGACAAUCCAAAUUGAAAGCAUGUCAUUGAAAUUGGAAGAGAUGGAGAGAUUUGCACUGGGGACAAACUGCGUGUUAAACGAGAUGAGACAGAGAGUUGAAGAGUUAGUUGAAGAGACUCUUCAACAGAGGCAAAGGGCUGCAGAGAAUGAGGAAGAGCUUUGUCGCGUUAAGAGAGACUUUGAUUCUCUCAAGUCUUAUGUCAGCAGUCUUAUUAGCGUAAGAGAAACACUCUUGUCAUCUGAAAAGCAAUUCCAGACCAUUGAAAGACUCUUUGAACGGCUGGUAGAGAAAACAAGUCAGUUGGAGAGUGAGAAGAUGCAAAAGGAGGCUGAAGUAGGAAAGCUUAUGCAAGAGAACGUGAAGUUGACAGCUUUACUUGACAAGAAAGAGGCCCAACUCCAUGCCUUGAACGAACAAUGCAAGGUUAUGGCACUUAGUGCUUCUCAUUUUUAGUUUUGGGGUGUUGUCAUCCUUCCAGCAGAUCAUUGAGGUGAGGGAGAACCCUUCUCUACCUUGUAGUUGUGUUUUUUUAUUGGCUCGUUGGGCGGAUCGAUUCAACUAACUUGUCAAGGUUGUACCUUUAACUAAUGAAGGCAUUGUUGGUCCAUCAAGUUUGGCAUCUUUUGGGUAUCAUGUUUGAUAUUGGAUAUCCUCAUACUCCCUCCAUCCUUAAAAGGGUCCACCAUUGAUUUAGCAAUAGAAUUGUGCGGUAGAUUUUUUUGCGAAGUAUAUAAAAGUCGAACUGCAAUAUUCUUUCCUUAACAAGAAAAAACUUUAUUUCGGAACAAAAAGAAAAUGGAGGCCUCUUUCAAGAAUGGAUGGAGUUUCACUUAAUAAGGUGAUCCUAGUAUCUCCGUUUUUGUGCCCGUCAUUGGCAGCUGACUUUAUCAUGUUUCGGGCUUUGUAGGACUAUAGUAAGAGUUUCUUUGGGAUGAGUGGAUGAAAUAUGGUACAUGUGUUUUUUUAGUUGAGCAAUUAAAUAGUAUUCUUGACAAUUUAGUUUAUUAUGGGCAUGGCGGAUUGCAACAAAGCAAAGAUAAAGUACUUGAAGUCCUUUUAACUGACAAAUUCCAGAUCAUUAUCAGUUCGCAUUCUUUUGAUAUUCUUCAUA